AAGGAUACUACGGAAUCACACAUAAUAUACUGAAAUCACUGGCAUAUAGCUAGUAGAACUGUGAUAAUCAUGUGGAAUAAAAUACUCUAUUUAAAAUCGAACUCGAGAUUAUCCUGAUUACACCUCAUCAUGAGUGGACACUCACGGAAUAUUAUGCCAUCUGAUUCACCAAUGCAGAGUCAAUCUCACAUCUGUGCUGGUGUAAACGAAGAGGAGUAUAUCUCAUUCACACAGUCAACCAUCUCAGCCGUCGUCCUCAGUCUGAUAUGUCUAUUCGGUGUCAUUGGAAAUAGUUUAGUUAUCAUUGUUUACUGUGUAAAACCGAAGCAUCAAACUGGUCGUCUGUUCAAAAAAUACAACAAUGUGAACAGCAACUCCAAUCACAAGGUGAACAACAUCCCGACCACCACCACAACUACCACCACCACCAACAACAACACAAACGCAGACAAUAACCACACUCAGGAUAUUUCGACUCCAGAAAAGCCUACUGCAGGAAUUCAUGUGAACAAAAUGACAAGACCAACCAAUUCCACAGUCAAGCCACUCUCACAAAAACUGCUAAGACGUCAAGACGCCUUCAGUCAACAGAAUCUAAUUCUGCUACUUGCAUUCGUCGACUUGUUAACAUGCGUCUUGAUUCUCCCAUGGGAUAUAUACCGUGUGGUGAACUUCGCCUCCACUGGAAAUAACAUACCUCUGUCAGUGACUCUUCCAAAUUACUAUCCGACGGAAUCACGAGCAAAUGUCGGAAACAUUCACAUCGCGAAUGCUUCAAGCAGCAGUAGUUUUUAUUUCAAUUAUGAACUAGACGCUAUACUCACACUAUUACGGAAUAUAGUGUUCGCUUGUGAAGGCAGUCUGUUGGCUGCUAUAGCAUUUGAAAGAUACAUGAUUCUAGUUGAGCCGGAUAUUUGCAAUUCCAGAUGUUGUUAUGCCUCUGGUAAUCGUGCAGGGAGGAUGAGUGAGAGUAAUCGGAAAGUGGUCAACACCGGUUCGAUUCGAUUUAAUUUCACCAAAAAUAGUCCAUCUGUUCAGAAGGAUUCGUCGGUAGCAACCAUAGACUCCAUCUACGCAACACAACUGCCUGGUGUCUGUGAUGCAGCCAGUGUGGGAGAGACAUCGUCGAUGAAACAACUGAAUAAAAGCAAGUCGAACAACGGGAAAUACAAAGGAGUCGUGGUGUGUAAGCCGAAUAUGUGUAUAAUGUCGAUAUUGAUCAGUGUCACUGUGGGAACCUGUCUACUCGAAUGCAUUUUGAUCGUAUUACAUUUCACUCAAUCGGACUGUCGACUCACUGACAAAUUACGUGAACUUGUCAAUCAGAUCUACAUUCUGUGUACAUUCCUAUCGUUCUUCAUUGUCACUUAUUUGUAUGUGAGAAUAUUUAUGAUGGUGAGAGAGAAUGAUCUACGCAGGCAGAAGUGGUCAGUACAGAGGAGUACUUUCAGCACCUCUUUGAAGAUUAUCAAUGAGUCGAAUCCGCUCUCACAGUCUUUGGACAACAACAGUGAGACGGAGACAGUGGUGAGAAUGGCUGAUGAGACUGAAUCGAAUGCGUCGAUUGUCAAUGGCAAUUCAUGUAAAUGCAAAUGCCCUCAACAGAUUCAGUCAACAAGAUCCCGAUUACCGAUUAGAUUCACGAAGCAAGUGAGUUGUGACCAAGUUGUGACGACAAGUCAUGACUGUUAUCAGCGAGAGGCGCAGGAUUUUCCAAUGUCACCGUUGAAGAGACACAGGAUAUUGAGAACGCCCUCCAUGUCGGCGAUAUUUCAUCGUCGAAGAGUGAGACAACACGAUAAGAUGUCGACAGCUUCGAUGGGUGUGUCAGUGAGAAGUGAUGACCGAGCGUCGGAGAACGAUCUUCCUGUGGAUGCGGGACGACUCGGUAACUCUCAGGCUACACGGAAGUCGCCACAUCUGUUACCAUUGAACAGGUUGAUAUCAAGGCGUGUGGUGCGCAGUCAUCGCACAGGUUUGAUGAUAUUCAUUUCCACUGUAGUUUUCUAUGCAACACUCUUCCCUGUUUUGUGGGUGCAUUUUCGGUUCUGGUGGAAAGAGCCGACUAUUGAUUUGUCUGUAAAUAACCUCAGUGUUAUAAAUGUCACCAGUCUUGUAGUUGGUGGUGGUGGUGACGGUGUUGGUCGCGGUUUUAUCAGCGACAACUCGAGCGGUGCACAAAUUGAAAGGACUCACCAAGGAAACAGUUUCAUGACAGUUGUACACCACGAAUUCUACUAUGUGAACAAUGCUGUGAAUUUUUUCAUCUAUUCCCUAUUCAAUCAGAGUUUCCGUGCACGUCUCCGAAUUCUGUUGGCGAAAUACUGACACAUGAUGGAUAUUCUAUAUUCUGUAUUCCACUCGUUCGGUUGACAUAUUGGCAACGACUGAUUACUGAUUGUGUUCAUGUGAGAUAUUCAGAUUGUCAAAUAUCGGUUAGUUGUCGUCCUUCUUCAUAUGAAUGUUUUUAUAAUUUACUUCCA